AUGGAGAAAAUCAACAUGAAAGUGGCUUUUGUUAUCCUCCUCUUGGACAUGGUUACUGAUAUGCGCUUUCUCUCUCUUCCGGAUACCGAAAGGCAAGUCUGCCCUGCUGGCCUUUGGAUCGUGAUCCAAAGUAGAUCAUUGUUUCUUGACAAGCAAAAGAUGGGGGAUGUAUUAGCUCAACUAGAGACCAACCUCCGCUGCUCCAAGCAUAAACUUACCCAAGAAGAGGAGCAUGUCCUGAGAACAUGCAAGGCAAAAGCAGUUAGAGAUUUCACAUUUAGUGCCUGUGUGGCAUCUGGAGUUGUGUGGACAGUGACACGCAAUCUCACUUAUGGAUUUCGGAUCAACUUAUCUGGUGGAGCUGCUGUCCUAUCCGGGAUGUGGACAUUUGAUAAUUCCCUGAAUUCAUGUCUCGAUCAUAUUCUUGCAUUAGAGGGAAGCCGCUUACAGACGGAGCUAGCAAAACUGAUUGUGACAAAGCAUCAAGAUAACCCUUGGAGAAUGAGACUAAUGAGUAAAUAUUUCUAUCCUGAGAAAGUUUUUGAUGACACUAACCUGGAUUCACCAAUAUCAAGGUGGCGCCACAGGCACUAUUUUGGGGAACCUGCUGCACAUAAAACUAGUGAAAGCACUGAGAAGCGGGACAAACAAGAAGUUCUACCCAAACUGUUCACCAGAAGUCCUGCUGAAGACGUCAUUGCUGAUCCCUUUGAUUGUAUUCUCGGGUAUUUGGGGACCAGUGAGGAUACAAGCAAUGAAACUAUCACUAUCUCACCAAGAAGGCGUCCGCGUACACGUAAACACCGGCACCGAUUACGACACCCAGCUUCCUCAGCGGAGUAUGCAAGCCCUUAGAAAUAAGUGAGAUUUGUCUUGGAGCAAAUUUUUUUCGGACUUUUUGGCAACAAAGGUCCCAAAAUGUAUCCAAUUAUUUGUUAGGUUUUUUGUGUAGAAGUACAGGAGUGCUUGCAUAUUGAUAUACGCACAUGCAUACAUAUUUGUAUCAUAUUUGUAUUUGGAGUCAAGAUGAUUUUUUAUCUGUUUACUUUUUCAGAUAAUAUAACUCUUUUCAUUUAUUUAGUAGAAAAUCUUCCAUAGCUCAA